AUGAAAUCGUUUGCAGCGAAAUACCAUUUACAACUAUCAAGAUACAUUUUACACAAUAGCAGCAUUAGAAACAGAAAAACAAACGUAAUAAAUACUUUGAAAAAAAUUUUAUUUACUUAUUUCAUUUUUAAGUCAAGUAUGCAAAAAGUUAUAGGGACACAUUCAGGACGUUUUCAUACGGAUGAAAUAUUAGCAACAGUUAUGUUAAAAUUUUUACCUGAGUAUAAAGACGCUAAAAUUAUAAGAACCCGUGAUCAAGAUACAUUAGAUCAGUGUGAUAUUGUAGUAGAUGUAGGAGGUGUGUAUAAUCAUGAAAAGAAAAGAUAUGAUCAUCAUCAGAAGGAGUUUAAUGACACGCUAGAUGAAAAACACACAAUACGACUAAGUAGCGCAGGAUUAAUAUAUAAACAUUAUGCUAAAGAUGUUUUUAGAAAAGGUUUUAAUAUUACGGAUGAGAGCAAAGUGAACAUAUUGUAUGAUAAAAUAUAUACAGCUUUUAUCGAAUCUGUUGAUGCUUUAGAUAAUGGAAUUAAUCAAUAUGAAGGAGUAGCCAAAUAUCAAAUAAAUACAACUCUGCAACAUCGAGUAAAUAGUUUCAAUCCAAAUUUUUUAGAUGAUCAAGUUGAUGAAAAUGAGCGCUUUAUGUUAGCAUCGAAUAUUGUUAAAGAAGAAUUUACAAGUUUUGUAAAUUACUAUUCAAAUGUAUGGUAUUUUGCAAAAAGUAUGACAAUGGAAGCUAUUAACAAUAGAUAUAAUUUUCACAAAUCGGGUAAAGUAAUAUACCUACAAAAAAAUUGUCCAUAUUAUGAUCAUUUAUAUGAUAUAGAAGAAGAAUUUAAUAUAAAAGAGGAAAUUUUAUUUUGCAUUUAUAAUGACAGGUAUGGAAAUAUUAGAUGUGGUGCCAUCUCAAAAAAAAAUGAAGCCUUUUCCUUAAGAAUGCCAUUUCCUGCUAGUUUUAGAGGACUGAAAAAUUCCGAAUUAGAAAAAGUCUCAAAUAUAAAAGGGUUAACGUUUGUGCAUUAUUCAGGGUUUACUAGCGGCGGUGAAAGUGUUAAAUGCUUAAUUCAGUUGGUAGAAGCUACCCUAAGGGAAAAUAAUAUAACUUUUUAA